GGUUGGGUGAAUUCUCUUUUAUUUGAACUAUACUAUAUUGAUUGUUGCUGCAUAUACCUUACGAUAUGGAUCAGUAAAAUGCUGAACAUCCAAGUAUUUUGUGUUUUGUGUCUAACGAAAUUUACCACAAUUACCUCUAUGACAUUGCUCUGUGAUCCUUUGGAUAAUGUUUCCUAUCAUAAGCAACUUGACGAGUGUAUCCAAUGUGAAAAAUGUCCUGCUGGCUACGGAAAAAUUACAUUAGAGGAAUCUGACAUUGUAAUAGAUCCACCAUAUGGUUCUUCUAGCUGUAUACCAUGCCGCCCAUGCAAACCAGGGUAUUAUAGUGAUGUACAUGCAUACAAAUGUAAACUAUGUACCAUCUGCACAGAUUUAAACAAGUCUGAGCGCAAACAUUGUACAUCAAAGGAGGAUACAGUGUGUGGAGAACCGCAGUCAAUUGUUAAAAAGGACACAGUUGAAACAGAUGAAGGUGACGGACAUACGAUUUCUGUGGGAUUACAAUCAGAUACAAUUGCAGGAAUUGUGUCUGCAGUAAUAAUCAUAAUAAUAAUUAUAAUGAUAAUUGUUGGAGCAUUUGGAUAUAGAUACUGGAAAUCGAAAAGAGCUCAGCGUAGACAUGCUGUCCAGGCAGAAGCUGGACAAUACGGCUCUUACGACAAUGUGAUUUGCAGCGACAGUCCUCACCAAGAACAAGGAAAACAAUGUACUUAUAAGAAGCACGAUGAAAGAAAUAAUCAUUGUGAUACAGAAGACGAAGAAGAUGAUGAAACAAAAGCAUUAAUUCCACCAUCUGGACGCUAUCCGUUUCGACGGAAAAGGACGAGACUUUUUACAUAUCCUUUUUGUGAAUUUCAAGGUGAUGAUUCAGAAUCUGAUGAAAAUAUCUGUGAUAUUGAACAAGACUCAAAUUUAAGUCUUUCAAAACGGUAUUCGUAUCCUGAUGUGAGUUUUACAAAAGUAUCAGCACAAAGCAAUAUUCUAGAUUCUGGUUAUACAGAUUUUACAUCACGACAGGAACCACACAAAAUUCUUAUGUCUUUCAAUGUUCCGGAUAAAAACAGUGUGAUAGAAAAAGUGCAAACAUGGGAUUGUAAAUAUAAUUGGUCAGAAAAGAACAUUCACAGGAGCACUGUUUCAGCUUUCAAUUUUCUAGCAACAUAUGCAAGUGGUCAAAAGAGUGCUCUCCAGAAAGUUCAGCGGUGGGAAAAUAAAGAAGAGCUGUCAACAAAGUUUAUGAGUAAAGUAGCAAGAAACCUUGGUCCAAGAUACAAAUUCCGUAGUUUGGCCAGAGAAUUAGGAUUGUCUGACACUGAUCUUGUAAACAUUCAACAGAACUACAAGGACGAUGUUGUAGAGCAAGGAUACCAGGUUUUACUUAAACUAAAACAAAAAGAACUAAUUCAAAGAGAAAGUGACGUUAUCAAUAAAAUUCAUGAUUUAGGUUUCGAUGCAAUACUUGCUAAAAUUUAUUAACAUGAUACCUUAUUAAUUUUGAUCUCAUCGCAAGAGAUAGUGAAUAGAUUAGUCAUUGGGCAUAUCAAUUAGUAUUUUGUAGGUAGUCUUUACCUUUUGGGGGUCUUUUCUUGUUGUUAAACUAGUUACACAUGAUGUUUUUCUGAUUUCGGUUGGGGAGAUUCGCUGGUCAAUGUUUCUGCAAGAUCAACACGACUUUAUUUUGGUAACAAUUCACUUAAUUAUCAUGAGCGUAUUUUUUAUAAGCGUUUAUUGUUCAAUUUACACAUAUAGUUACAUGUUUAUUACAUAAUAUGAAAUAAAGACAAGUAAAAUCAAUAACAAUUCCUCUGUGGUGAUAUGGAUAUCAGUCACGGUUGCACAGUCUUUAUCAUACCACAUCAGGAAAAAAAAAACAUAUUUUGUGUAUACAUGAAAUGGCUUUUUUUAAUGUCACACACCCGAUCAACUGUAAACCAAAAUCAUCCUUCUAUCAGGGCUCUCAUGAUUAUAAUAGCUCAUCGGAUUGAUAUGGGUGUGUAAUUGAAAAAUCAAUCUAUGAUAUUCUCCUUUCAAUUUUUAUACGACCGCAAAAAAAUUUUUGUGGUCGUAUAUUGGUAUGACGUUGGCGUCGUCGUCGUCGUCGUCGUCGUCGUCGUCGUCGUCCGGCGUCGUCGUCCGAAUACACAUUAGUUUUCGCACUCUAACUUUAGUUUAAGUGAAUGGAUCUCAAUGAAAUUUUACCAUAGGGUUCAAUACGACAAAAGGAAGGUGGGGAUUGAUUUUGGGGGUUAUGGUACUAACAGUUAAGGAAUUAGGGGCCAAAAAGGGGCCAAAAAUAAGCAUUUUUGUAACUUCCAGACAUAACUUGUGUGUAAGUAUAUGGAUCUCUCUGACAUUGUACCACAAGGUUCCAUAUUACAAAGGGAAUACUGGGAUUGAUUUUGGGGGUAAUUGCCUCCAAAUUUUAGGAAUUAGGGGCCAAAAAGGGGCAAAAAACAAGCAUUUUUCUAGUUUCAUGACAAUAACUUGUGUGUAAGUGUAUGGAUCUCUCUGACAUUGUAUCACAAGGUUCCAUAUCACAAAGGGAAUACCGGGAUUGAUUUUUGGGGGUAAUUUCCUCCAAAUUUUGGGAAUUAGGGGCCAAAAAGGGGCAAAAAACAAGCAUUUUUCUAGUUUCAGGACAAUAACUUGUUUGUUAGUGUAUGGAUCUUUAUGAAAUUGUACUGCAAGGUUCCAUAUCACAAAGGGAAAGCUGGGUUGGAGUUUGGGGGUAAUUGCCCUAAAUGUUUAGGAAUUAGGGGCCAAAAAGGGACAAAAAAACAAGCAUUUUUCUAGUUUCCAGACAAUAACUUGUGUUCAAGUGAAUGGAUCUCUCUAAAAUUGUACUGCAAGGUACCAUACCACAAAGGGAAAGCUGGGAUUGAGUGUGGGGGCGAUGAAUCAUAAGGGGGUUCAAAAAAUUUGGGGGGGGGGAUUUUUUUUUCCUUUUUUUUCUUUAAAAUUUUCCAUUUUAAAUUGGUUAUUUCUGAUUUAUAUAUAAAAGCAAAUAAUAAUGAUAUGGUUUGAAUAGCAUACAUGUGAACCUCCCGACAGGUGUACAAUAAUCCUGUUUUCAGGAGUCUCCUCCUGACCUCCGGUUGAAGAGGAAAAUUAUAAUCCCGUGUAUGAAAUUUUUCAUGAAUGAAAAAUUUCUGCCCAACAUAUCAUCUCAGGCAUCUGGUGUAACUCACAUUACCUGAAGUUAUAUUUUACCUGUAAAUCAAUUAACAUGCAUAAUUAUAUGGCUUCACUUGUCAGCUUGGGUGUCAAACAUACUGGUAAUCAAUGAUUUUUUACCUCAGGCUAACUGCUGUUGUGUAACAAAAACUGUGUAUUUAUUGGGUUACUUCCCUUGAUUUAUCCUGUUUUAAGUUACUUUCCUUUUAAUAAUGAAAAUUUUUAAAAGAAUAUAAAUAAAAUAUAAAUUGAACAAAUAAUCAUAAAAGGAUGGUAAAUAAAUGAUUUUAAAUGUCUUAGGAAAAAUAAAAAAAUAAUAAUUUGAAAAUUAUUUGAGGAUUCUAUACUUCCUUUCAAGGCUUAAAUUGAAAUUUAUAUAAUAACUAUGACCCUUGUUUUACAGUUAGAAUGAUUUUCUGAGUAUGCAAACAAAAGCUAUUUGCAGAUAGUUAAACAAAUGUUCUGGUUGCAAUAAAUGUUUUAUAGAAUAUGAAGUAAAAAAUUUAAAGAACAUACUGAAAAAAAAAAUGUUAGAUUGAACAUGUAAAAUAUAAAGAUGGAGAAACUUUAUAAGUACAAGGGUACUAUAAACAUAAUAAAUUGGAUGGAAAGUUGAAGAAAACACACUUUAAAAGACCAUUUUUACAGCACACGGUUACAUUUACGACAAAAUUUAUGUCGAUUAAAAACCUCCUGAUCUGAGUCCUAAUCUCCUGACCAAAAUUUCCCAAUCUCCUGAUCUGAGUUUCACAGUCCAUCACAUGUAUGAAUAGGUAAAUUAAAAAAUUAUAAGUUCUUAGACCACUUUCAUUCUGUGUCAGAAACCUAUGCUGUGUCAAAUAUUUAAUUACAAUCCAAAUUCAGUGCUGUAUCAAGCUUGAAUGUUGUGUCCAUACUUGCCCCAACUGUUCAGGGUUUGACCUCUGCGGUCGUAUCUAGCUGCGCCCCAGCGGAGCAUUUUAUUAAAGCGUAUUAUUCCGUCUGACAAGAUCAUACAUUUUUUUUUGCCCUCGAUUGAAAUAAAUUCAUUAUAAAGAAGCUCCCCAACCGUUCAAAUAUAUAGUCCUUGAAUAUUAUUAUAUCAAUGUCAGAAUUUCUUUUAGUAUUAGUGUUCUUUAUUUCUUUAACAAAUUCCGCUGUCAUUUUAAUCGACGUUCCCGUCCGUCAUUGUUGUUUCGAAAAGACUCGCAUGGCUUUACUUUGCUUAUUAGUUUUGUUAUAAAAAAAAUAGUUGUAUUAAAGCUACAUGUACGUAAACUAUAACAUGCUUUUGGCAAUACUAUAUUUUUUAAAAUAUGCAGUUUAAAGAUUGUAUAAUGAAAUGUUUUGUUGUUGUUUUUAGUUUUUUAUAGACUUGUUUGUAAUGUUAAAGUUGCAUGUUUGUUACUUUUUAUGGGCAUUCCAUUUUAUGUUUUCAUUAAGUUUGCAUUAAGUUCAUAUUAAAAAAUAUUAUUGAACUAUA